ACUUCUUCAACAGCGACAAAAGGUUCCUGGUUUACCCACGCGGUGCUUUGCUAACAAACCUAAAAAUUGAAGCUCUUUAGACCUAAUCUUGUGUAUAUUACUCUUAGUGUUUUGAACAUAAUUCUGUUUACCUAUCUACUGGUUCAUUUAAACGUAAUUGGCUUGUUAAAUUAGCAAAUGUGUUACAUUGAUGCUGCACUAGGCUAAUCUCCCGGACCAUAAACUCACUGAUCUCGACGGAGAAAGAAACUGGUGAAAGGAGGCAAAGAAGCUUGAAGAAUGAAAGAAGAGGAUGAUAUUACAGUGAAACAAGAGGAUGAUAUUACAGUGAAACAAGAGGAUGAUAUUACAGUGAAAGAGGAAUAUGGGAACGACGUUGUCAAAGUGGAAAAAGGGGUAGGAGCUUUCAGAAUCAAAAAGGAGGAAGAACAUUUUGAAGUAAAAGAGGAGGAUUUCUCAAUAAAAGAAGACGAGACCGAACAUCCGAUUACCACCAGAGAGAGACAUGACUAUCGUGGAUCCUCUGGGGAGCCUCAACAACCUCAUGAUGCUGACAAGGCAGAGAAGAGUCUCUCCACAUCAGAACACCAGAUGGACAACGCUAGCCCUUCCGCCCUCCCCGAGUCCCAGUGUCGUGCCUCUCCCGGGAUGAUGAGGUUGUCUCUGCUGCUGGUGGACUGCAGGAAAGCAACGGGGCUGAGUGGAACUGUGAGAGGAGGAGGAGAGAAGAACGGAUCAGAUUUGACACAUAAAAACAUUGAGAGUGACAUAGAAGGAAUGGAUGAGGACUCUGUGAGUGAUCUGAGUUUGGAUUCCAGCGCGGAUGACAUGUUUUUGGAAGAAGAAGAUCCACUUUUCGAUCAUGGCACUGACCCCGACUGGGAGCCCCCAGUGCCAAUUGGUCCAUCCCCCUCUGAAGCUGGUUCAUCCAGCUGUACCCCUGCUGUCUCUGGCUCCACACCUCCCGGGCCGUCUAGAGGACCGACAAAGAAGAGGAAGAGGGGAAGUGUGCCAUCCGCUAACAGAGGGACAGAAUGGCGUUGGCACACCGCCCUAGAAGACGAUGUGGAGCCACCCCAACCAACCUUUAGGCCUAAAAGGAAGCCAGGACCUCAGCUAAACAUGACUGCUACGUACAGCCCCCUUCAGCUUUUUCAGCUGUUCUUCACCCAAUCCGUUGUAGAGUCGCUCGUGUCCAACACGAAUAAGAAUGGGAAGAAGAAGCAAGCGGGCAAAACGGCAGCAUGGAAGCCCAUAUCCACGGCAGACUUUUUCUGCUACCUUUCUCUGGUCAUCUACAUGGGGCUGGUGAGGCUGAAAAGCCUGAAGGACUACUGGAAAACGUCGUCUCUCUACCAACUGCCUUUCCCCUCGUCUGUUAUGUCCUGCAAAAGGUUUCUGGAUCUCUCCCAGGCGCUUCACAUCAGUGACCCAAAGGUUGAUGAAGAGAAUGAGAAGAAGAGAGGCACAGCGAGGUUUGAUACACUGUGCAAAAUCAAACCUCUCUACCACAGCAUUGUCGAGGCCUGCAAGACGUACUUUCAGCCAGCCCAGAACGUGUCAAUCAAUGAGAGGAUGGUGGCCUCAAAGGACAGCAUUGGCCUCCAACAGUACAUGAGAAACAAACCAACCAAGUGUGGUCUGAAGCUGUUUGUGUUGGCUGAUGCUGCGUGUGCCUACACGUGCAAUUUCUUGGUCUACGAGGAGAAGAACAGUUUUGCUUCCGGUAAGGAACUCAGCUAUGCCUCUGUAAUGGUGUUAUUGGAUUUUCAACUGCUGGGGAAGGGCUACAAACUGUUUGUGGAUAACUUCUACACAAGCCCUGCCCUGUUUGCAGACCUGAGGAAGCGGGAGUGUGGGCUUGUGGCACCAUUCGUACCACCAGGGUGGGCUUCCCGAAGACGAAGGUGGACGACAUGCCCAAGCAGGCUGAGCGGGGGACCAUGCGAUGGAUCCGUGAAGAUGGCCUGCUGUUUGUGAAGUGGAUGGACGCCAGAGAGGUGGUGAUGUGCUCCAAUAUCCACAAGUCCUUCAGUGGCGAUUACGUCAUCAGGCGUGUGAAGGACGCUACCGGGGCAUGGACCACCAAAAAUGUCCCUGUUCCAGCUGCGGUAAAGGACUUCAACAAGAGCACGGGAGGUGUGGACCUAUCAGGCGCGCUGACAGGCUACUACAAUGUUCUCCACAAGACGAUGAAAUGGUACAAGACCUUCUUCUAUCAUUUCAUCGACAUCGCCGUGGUGAAUGCAUUCAUCCUACACAAGGAAAUGGCUAAGAGCUGUGGAAAGCCCUUCCUCCCACAGAAAGCCUUCAGAGAGCAGCUCAUCAAGGAGCUUGCUGGCUACAGCACCACUGCACCACGUUCUACCUACUCUACCUCUGCCCCUCCUGUCCCUUCUGCCCCUCCUGCCACAAGUGUUCAUCUACCCAAAUAUAUUUGUGCAGACAUGGAUGUGCCUAAGGGCAAAAGGGGCUCAGCAUGGAGGCGUUGCUGUGUUGUUUGCAAGAUGAAGUCCCCCAUCACAUGCAGCACAUGCUCAGUGACCCUCUGCUUUACAUCAGAAAGAGACUGCUAUGGCAUCUGGCAUCAGCAGCAGAAUAUUGUGUAGAGCUUUGGCAAAGCGGGUGGGGUCAGUAUGUUAUAUCUGGAGUACUUUUCCUGUCCUAUCCGGUGUCCUGUGUGAAUUUAAGUAUGCUCUCUCCAAUUCUCUCGUUCUCUCUCUUGGAGGACCUGAGCCCUUGGACCAUGCGUCAGGCCUACCUGUCAUGAUGACUCCUUGCUGUCUCCAGUCCACCUGGCAGUGCUGCUGUUCCAGUUUCAACUGUUCUGCCUGCGGCUAUGGAACCCUAAACUGUUCAUUUUUACUCUUGAGGUGUGUAGCAAAAAGCCAAAAGAGAUCAGACCCCUCCGCCAGUAGCCGGUCCAGAUCCAGAGCCACAUCCAUGGGCUCUAAGACCAACUAUUGACUGGGGAAUGCGGGAAGAAACUGCCACAACAGCAAGUGACCAGCAGAGGGAGCCAAAUGCACAGGAACUACAAGUACUGGACAUUAAACAAGAACCAACCUACAGGAAGACUGAGGAGGAAGUGGUACGAACAGAUCUACCAAACCAACGCCCCAACGGAAGAAAACGUAUCAGUGCUGAAGGAACUAACAUUGGACUAAGUUCUACUUAAUCUUGAGCAACACUGCAAAGAAAAGUGGCAAGGACAUAAUGUAAUGGCUGUUAAGAUAGAUUCUACUCCCGAACAUCUUCCCCCAAACUGAGUGUCUAAAAGAGGUAUAAAAGGAGGAGAGAUCAGUGCCAAGGCAUGAUCCUCAACCCAUAUGAUUGGGACAUCAUAGAGAAUCAUCAGACCAGCCAGGUAAAUUACUUUUACUAUACUCUUGUUUGUAUUGACUACUUUGACAUCAAGGCACGAGCAAGAACUAUUGACUGGUAUAUAUCUUAAAGAAUUGUGUUGUACACUGGAAGAUCACACCACUUAAAAGAGUAAGAGAACAAGGUUGUGUCAGAGAACAACGCUCAACGGAGCGAGACGGAGCGUAGAGAACUCUUGGGAGCAACAACGUUCCAUCUUUGGAGUGCCGGAGACAAUUGCAGUUUGGCAAGAUUGAAACAGCCCAGAAAUAAGUAAAGCCUCGUAGUAGUAGCCAAGAGUUGACAAAAGGAAAUCAAUAUCUAAACAGUAGGCAGGAAAUCAAUAUCUAAACAGUAGGCAGUAAAAACCAGAGGAAAUUGGGACUAAAUAAGAAGAUUAUAGUCGUAUUAACAGCGGAGGUCAAAAUAUUACUACUCUUAUAGAGACCAGUGGAAGGACCAAGGGAAUAGAGCUUCAAGGUAAAUAUGUGGGUGUUUGUUUUGUUUAAGAGUUUUAGAAGUGUUUUAAGCGAAUUAUAUUUGCAAUAUUAUUUGGCAUAGUAUAGCGCAUUAAGGAUUGAUUGUAUAGUAUAGCGCAUUAAGGAUUGAUUGUAUAGUAUAGUGCAUUAAGGGUUGAUUGUAUAGUAUAGUGCAUUAAGGAUUGAUUGAGCAUUAUUGAUGUAUUAGGAAACUGUAGAACCAUGUAAUUGUAAUAAUGUGUAUAAGACAAAAAACAGAGUGACUUUAAUAAAAGCUUGAAACUUUGACAACUAGGCCAGAUUAACGAUCUGGAGAGCAAACGGCUUUGACACUCUCACUGAACAGAAAGUGACCCUGGUUAUAGGUUAAAGUGAUUGCACUAAAGAAUA